AUGUCAGGUAGUGUACGCGUCUAUACAGUGGCAAAUGAGUCACGCUACGUUGUGGUACGCAACGUACCGACGCUUGGAGUGAUCGAUGAUCUACUUAAGAGACUCAGCUUGUAUGGAAAAGUAUGUGAGUAUCAGUUGCUAGAUCAUGCGGAUGACCGAGAGGCGGCGUUACCAUUCGAAGAUUUGUCCAAUGAAGACAGCGAAUUCAUAGACUCGGUCUGGGUGCAGUACGAGACUGUAAAUAACGCUCGGCAUGCUAAAGCACGCGGUGUGCAAAAGCCAUUCUAUGGUAACAAAUUGCAGAUUACUUACGCGCCACACUUUGAGUCUCGCGACGAUACCGCCAACAAAUUGGCACAGCGACGGCAAUUGCUGCAGCGCCGUGCGCGAUUCCUUCCAGCAGAAAAGAAGAGAUCGAUACCUUGGAAUCCCCCACUGCCACCUCCACUUCCGCCUAGUGAUACUGCUGAUGACCAAGUCGUGUUCAUCGGACCGCAACUACCAUCGGGAUCCAAGUCGAUUCAACAAAAACCUCAGCUCGAAAUACAAACAGCGACUGCUAUGAAGAAUUUGCCGCACAAUUCAAAGCGACGUCGUAUAUAA